CUAGCAGCAGCAGCACCAGAAAGAGCAGCAGACGCAGCAGCGCAGCAGCAGCAGCAGCAACAACCAGCAGCAGCAGCCAGCAGCAACAACAGCAGUAGCAGCAGCAGCAGCAGCAGAAGAAGAGCAGAAGCAGCAGGCAGCAGCAGCAGCAGCAGCAGCGGCAGCAGCAGCAGGAGCAGCAGCAAUAGUGGGAGCAGCAGCAGUAGCUACAGGCAUCCCCAUCGAGAAAAGAGGGAAGUUGGAGGCUUCUGGAAGAUGGGGUGUGCACUUGGGGAUUGCAAAGGAUCACAAGGGGUGGCUGCUAUGGGACUUGACCACCCAGAAGUUGACAGUGUCAAGGGAUGGGCCGAGAGCAGCGGCGGCAGUGGCGGCAACGGCUGCGGCGGCGGCGACAGCGGCGACGGCUGCGGCAGCGACAGCGGCGGCGGCGGCGACGACAGCGGCGACGGCUGCGGCGGCGACGGCGACGGCGGCGGCAGCGGGGUCGGCGACUGCGACAGUGGGGGCGGAGGCACCGGGGAAGGGGGACGCGGCAAGGACGGACCGGGGUACCACCAGAGUCAGCAGACUCCUCAACGGGGACAACCGACGGGAGGGGAGUGAC